AUGGAUUCUCACGCUCAAGAUAGCAAUAGGAUCGACUUGGAUCCAGAAUUCAAGAACUCCAAGUGCCUGAACCUCUGCGAAUUGCACCUCAUUCUAGGAGAUCAGCUCAGGCUCCACCAAAAUCGAAAUGAUAACGCCCUGCAGCUCAUCAAGGCAUCGCACGAGUACGCCAGCAGAUUCGCGAUUCUCAAGUACCGUAACGCCAUCGUCGAUGUCAGAACAACCAUUGAACGUGACGGAUGCUUGCACGAAUUUGAAAUGGCAAGCAUAGUAAAUUUGCUGCCAAAAUCGGUGGAUGAAGCAAAGUCGCUCAUUCCCUCGCUAUGUAGAAUACCAGACGAUCGCAUAAAUAGCAUUCUAGAACUACUGGAAAGCUACAGACUACAAACAUAA